AUGAUACGAGGCAGAGCUGGGGUCCCCAACCACUGGGCCAGGGACCAGUAUCAGGCCGUGGGUCGUUUGGUACCGGGCCACGAAAGCGCGAUCCCCCCUCCUGUCGGCUCGCUGUCUGCUGAGGGAGAGGAAAAAGAGCAGCAGGAGGUCAGGGCUCUGCUGGAGGUCGGGGCACCGGUGCAGCAGUUCUUCACCACCUCACUUCUUCACCACCUCACUCCUUCACCACCUCACUCCUUCACUACUCCACUCCUUCACCACUUCACCACCUCACUCCUUCACUACCUCACGUCUUUACUACCUCACUUCUUCACCACCGUCUCCUUCACACUACCCUCACGCUUUUCACCACCUCACUCCUUCACUACUCCACUCCUUCACCACCUCACUCCUUCACUACUCCACCCCAUCACCACUUCACUCCUUCACUACCUCAUCCUUUCACGGCCGCACUCCUUCACUACUCUGCUUCUUCUUUCCUUCACCACUUCAUUCCUUCACCGCCUCACUCCUCCAGUAUUCCACUCCUUCACCACCUCACUCCUUCACUACUCCACUCCUUCACCACUUCACCACCUCACUCCUUCACUACCUCACGUCUUUACUACCUCACUUCUUCACCACCGUCUCCUUCACUACCUCACGCUUUUACCGCCUCACUCCUUCACUAUUCCACUCCAUCGCCACCUCACUCCUUCACCAUUCCACUCCUUCACCACCUCACUCCUUCACCACUUCACUCCAUCACUACCUCACUCCUUCACUACUCUGCUCCUUCUGUCCUUCACCACUUCAUUCCUUCACUGCCUCACUCCUCCACCUCACUCCUUCACUACUCCACUCCUUCACCACUUCACUCCAUCACUACCUCACUCCUUCACUAUUCCACUCCUUCACCACUUCACUCCAUCACUACCUCACUCCUUCACUACUCCACUCCAUCACCACUUCACUCCUUCACUACCUCAUCCUUUCACGGCCGCACUCCUUCACUACUCUGCUCCUUCUUUCCUUCACCACUUCAUUCCUUCACCGCCUCACUCCUCCAGUAUUCCACUCCUUCACCACCUCACUCCUUCACUACUCCACUCCUUCACCACUUCACCACCUCACUCCUUCACUACCUCACGUCUUUACUACCUCACUUCUUCACCACCGUCUCCUUCACUACCUCACGCUUUUACCGCCUCACUCCUUCACUAUUCCACUCCUUCACCACCUCACUCCUUCACCACUUCACUCCAUCACUACCUCACUCCUUCACUAACUCACUCCUUCACUGCCUCACACCUUCACUACUACACUCGUCUCCUUAACCACCUCACGCCUUCACCACCUCACUCCUUCACUACCUCACGUCUUUACUACCUCACUUCUUCACCACCGUCUCCUUCACUACCUCACGCUUUUACCGCCUCACUCCUUCACUAUUCCACUCCUUCACCACCUCACUCCUUCACUACUCCACCCCAUCACCACUUCACUCCUUCACUACCUGAUCCUUUCACGGCCGCACUCCUUCACUACUCUGCUCCUUCUUUCCUUCACCACUUCAUUCCUUCACCGCCUCACUCCUCCAGUAUUCCACUCCUUCACCACCUCACUCCUUCACUACUCCACUCCUUCACCACUUCACCACCUCACUCCUUCACUACCUCACGUCUUUACUACCUCACUUCUUCACCACCGUCUCCUUCACUACCUCACGCUUUUACCGCCUCACUCCUUCACUAUUCCACUCCUUCACCACUUCACUCCAUCACUACCUCACUCCUUCACCGCUUCACUCCUUCACUGCCUCACCCUUUCACCACCUCACUCCUUCACUGCCUCACUUCUUUACUAUCUCACCCGGUUCACUACCUCACUCCGUCACCCCCUCACCACUUUACCGCUUCACUCCAACACCACCUCACGCCUUCACUACCUCAUUCCUUCACUGUCUCACUCCUUCACUCCCUCACUCCUUCAUCAUCCCACCACCUCCCUCCUUACAUACAUAAAAAGUGA